AUCAUGGACCCCAGUUUGACAGCUUUCGGCCUGACAGCGGCGAUGCGCCCUCGUUGACACCAAGCACCCCCCAAUUCGCACCGCACACGCUCGCCCGCUCGCUGCGCGCCCUCCCCGGACCAGACGCAACCGCGCGUCGCCGCCAUGGCCUUCAUCACCGCGCUGCCCCUGCGCCUCUCGCGACGGCCAGCCAGAGUGCUGCUGGGCGGUCUCCUUUUUGUCUUCUUCAUCCUCACCCUCACCCGCCGGCGGACCGCGCCCGCACCCGCGCCGCCGUCGGUGCACUACAAGGCAAACACAAAGAGCUUCUUCCCGCCGCUCAAGCACAAGGCCGGCCUCGACCCCGACUUCUGCGAAAACUUCCCCACGAAGCAGCUCGACGACAUCCAGGUCGUCCUCAAGACGGGCGCCGCCGACGGGCCCAAGCUGAAGGCGCACCUGGCCACCAUCACCUCGUGCAUCCCGAAUCUGCUCAUCGUGUCCGACCACGAGCAGAAGAUUGGCCAGUACAACGUAAUCGACGUCCUCGCCGAGCUGCCCCUCUCGUACGCCGAAGGCAACAACGACUUCAAAACAUAUACAAACAACAAGAAGGCGCAGGCCGAGGGCGACACGGUCAACUAUUCGCAGGCGGGAUGGAGGCUCGACCGCUUCAAGUUCCUGCCCAUGGUCGACAAGGCCUAUGCCGUCAACCCCAAGGCCAAGUGGUACGUCUUCCUCGAGUCCGACGUCUACUUCUUCUGGGACACGCUCUUCCGCCUGCUCGACCAGUUCGACCCUACUGAGCCGCACUACCUCGGCGCUCCAAGCCCCGGUUCCGACGACCGCUGGUUUGCGUACGGCGGCGCUGGCUUCGUUACGUCGCAGGGCCUGAUGAAGAAGCUCUACGUGCCAAAGACUGAGGCAGGCGCCACCGCAUCACCGGAGACGAAGCUGGCCGUGAAGUACGAGAAGAUGGUCAAGGAAGACUGCUGCGGAGACGCUGUGCUCGCAUACGCAAUCCAGAACACGACCGGCGUGAAGAUGGAGUCGCUCUACCCGACGUUUGCGGGCGAGGAGCUCAAGGACGUUUCAAUCGACAAGGACAGGUGGUGUGUACCGCUGCUCUCGCUCCACAGAGUCGCGCCCGAAAACAUGGAGUCGCUGUGGAAGUGGGAGCGCACACGGACCUACAACCAAAAACCAUUCGUUUACUCCUCCCUCCUCGCAUACACGCAUUCCUUCCUCCGCGAAGGUGCCAGCAAGGACUGGUGGGACAACCUCUCCGUCGCGCCCGUCCCGAACGACCGCCCGGCCCACAAGAACCCUGGCUCGUGCGGCUCAGAGUGCGAAAAAGACCGCAACUGCCUCCAAUGGUCGCAUUCACAGACGGUAUGCCGCUGGGCCAACUAUAUCAAACUCGGCAACGCCGUGGACAGCGAGAACGGCGGGCAGGGCAUGAUGUCCAGCGGGUGGGAGCUCAAAAAGAUGGCCGAGCUAGGCUUCAAGGUCGAUGAGGAGAGCGACAUUAACGACACGUGCGAGGAGGCGACCUGGGUCAAGGCGACAAUCCGAUGAGCCCCACGCUCGCGCGGCGCGGGCGGACACGAAUGAUAUGCAGGCGUUCGGCUCGCGGGCGGUCUGUUACAGCUGGCUUGUUUUCACGCAUGGCGUUCCGGUAUCAUCACAUCACAUCGCACUACACCACAGCACCUUUGGGCAUUGGCCUGGCUUCGCACUACUCGCAUUCACGACGAUAUUGGGGGAAGAGGGCGCCAUCUGCGCGGAACUGUACUGUACGGUUUGUUGGGGAGGAGAGGAUGGAAGAGCAUGUUCUGGUUCAUAGCUAGGGAUCUGCAGACGGAUAUUUUUUGGACAUAGAGAGGGGCAUACGGCCAAAGCCCCCCUCGUUUGCAUGUAUUCUAUGGGGUGGAGGCGUUGGACCGAUUACUCUAAUCUAUCGC